AUGAGGUUCACCAACGUGCUCGAACGUACAGGCUACAUUGACGGCCCUACCCCCCUCGGCAGGACAACUCCCUCGAUCAUCGUGUCUGCAGACCUCAGCACAUUGCACGAAGAGUACGGCGUCAACACAUCGGUUUUCAGCGGUACCAAGGCCAAGAUGAAUCAGCAGGGCUUUGCGGGAUCCAACUACUUUACUUUCAUCAACACUAUCAUCCCCGCCUGGGCGGAGUGGGAAAGUUAUGGCGGCGGGAUGAAGCCCUGGUAUUCCCUCUAUUACUCUUCGAUGUUUUACAAGAUCUUUGAAGGUGUCCGGGUUUCCCGCGACCCAAUGGCGGUGUUAAUGAGGAAGUCGAGCGCGCUGAGCACGUUGAGAAGGUCGAGCCAGACGACAGAGCAGCCCGAGACGCCGCCGUAUGGCAAGCUGACAGUCGGGCGAUUGUCUUCUUCGGGGCAGUUUGCUGUUAUUGCGAGGGUGAUAGCGACGACGCAGUCAUCAGCGGGGAUGAGGAGGACGCAACCGCCCGUCCUAAAGCCCAUGGAGUAUGCGGGUGCUAUGGCUUUGACGGCUCUGAUAUGCCUUGCCGCAUUCGGCAUUGGGUCAAUCCUGGGUUGGAUCUGGCCAGACGGACUGAGGUCGGAAAAAUAG